GCUUCAGGACUUCCAGACCGACGAACAGUGGGCCAAGGAACUCAGCUCUUCAGAGCUCUGCAGAUCAAUUUAAAUUCAUUCGAGAUGACUUGGAAGAGCAACGGUCUACUGCAAGUGUGCAGAUUUCUCCUCUUAGUGAUUUUAUUUUUGCCACGUGAGACAAUGAGUUCUGUAUUAACUGUGAAUGGCAACACUGAAGACUACACCCUGGACACUCAGCCUGGUGCCCAAGAGUCUUUGGAAUGUGCUGUCCAAAAUCAUGUUAAGGACGAAGAACUUCUCUGGUACCGAGAUACAGGGAGAGUGAAUUUGCCAUCUGAAAACAAAAUCAACUCUAGCUCUGUAUGUGUCUCUUCCAUCACUGAAAACGACAACGGAGUCAGCUUUACCUGCAGACUGCAAAGCAAUCAAACCACAUCCAUCUCAGUGGUGCUGAAUGUAACUUUUCCUCCUCUCCUAAGUGGAAAUGAAUUCCAAACAGUUGAAGAGAACAGUGAUGUGAACUUGGUUUGUAAUGUGAAAUCCAACCCCCAGGCCCAAAUGAUGUGGUACAAGGAUGACAGCCUCAUUAUUUUAGAGAAAGACCGUCACCAAAUCAAGCAGACGAGUGAAUCUCUGCAGUUAUCCAUCAGCAAAGUCAAGAAAUCUGACAAUGGAACCUACCACUGUGUUGCCAACUCACCUCUCAGAACAGAGACCAAAGAGUUCCACCUGGUCAUUAAAGAUCAGACACUGAAAACACCAAUAGAAGCCAUCAUUGCGGCCUGUGUUGUGGUCUUUCUGACCGUGUGCUUUGGGUUGUUUGCCAGAAGACAGAAGAUGCUGAAGCUCUGCCUAAAGGAGAAAGAUUCUCAUAAGGCAACAGCUCUAUGAGAAGGUUGACAUGUCAACUAAUACAGGAAGACUGUUGCACCAGGACCUCCUCAAUCUGUGCAGUCCCAUCUGUAUUUAUUGCUAUUAUUAAAUUCACUCCUGUCAUUGUCAGAGAUUACCAAGAAGUGUUCCACUAAUCACUCAGCAGUAGUUGUUAUGACUAACUUGGCAUACUCAAGGAACGUUUUUAUGCAGAGAGCUGCUCAGAAUGAAAAGGUUUUGUUACCUCUCUUUCUUGAAGUAUCUAUUAAUGAGUUGAGAUAUAUGCCAAAUAGGUUGGUAGCCAUUUACUAUUUAGUAUGGAUUUCUCUCAGCAGAAAAUUCAGGCAUUUGGGUUUUACUAAUCAGUGCAGUUCUCUCCAGUAAGGGAAGGAGGGGCACAAUCUUUAGUGAUCAAUUUUAAAGCUGCCAAGAAAAGAAAACACACAUCAAUUAUCCUCUAUUUCCACUGUCAUUUCAUAAAAGAAAUGUUCUAAGUCUAAAAAAAGAAGGAAGGAUAGAAACACAGGAUAUAAGAUGCUUCUUUGGAAUAAAUUUGAUGUUAUGAAAAGCUCC